AUGUCAGCCAUCAGAAGGAAAUUCGGAGAGGAGUACCAGGUUGUGAACACAACCCGAGGUUCGUCUUUCCCCGCGCCGGCUAAGCGCAAGAGGCAGCGCUUCGUGGAGAAGAACGGGCGCUGCAACGUGCAACACGGCAACCUGGGCGGCGAGACGAGCCGCUACCUCUCGGACCUGUUCACCACGCUGGUGGACCUGAAGUGGCGCUGGAACCUGCUGAUCUUCUUGCUCACCUACACGGUGGCAUGGCUUGUUAUGGCCUCCAUGUGGUGGCUGAUCGCGUACGCACGUGGAGACCUCGGCCGUGGCCACGACCCCGACUACACGCCGUGCGUGGCCAACGUCUACAACUUCCCAUCCGCUUUCCUCUUCUUUAUCGAGACCGAGGCCACCAUCGGCUACGGGUAUCGCUACAUUACGGAGAAGUGCCCCGAGGGCAUCAUCCUGUUCCUGUUCCAGUCGCUGCUGGGUUCCAUCGUGGACGCGUUCCUCAUCGGGUGCAUGUUCAUCAAGAUGUCGCAGCCGAAGAAGCGCGCCGAGACGCUCAUGUUCAGCCAGGACGCAGUGAUCUCGCAGCGGGACGGCAAACUCUGUCUCAUGUUCCGCGUCGGGAACCUUAGGAACAGCCACAUGGUGUCGGCUCAGAUCAGGUGCAAGCUCAUCAAGUCUCGACAGACUCCUGAGGGGGAGUUUCUGCCCUUGGACCAAAGAGAGCUGGAUGUUGGGUUCGGAACAGGCGCUGACCAACUCUUCCUCGUCUCUCCUCUCACCAUCUGCCACGAGAUUAAUCCCAAGAGCCCGUUCUUCGACCUCUCGCAGCGCUCGCUCAUGAGUGAGCAGUUUGAGAUUGUUGUUAUCCUUGAAGGGAUAGUGGAAACCACAGGUAUGACAUGCCAGGCUCGGACAUCUUACACAGAGGAUGAGGUGUUAUGGGGGCACCGCUUCCUUCCUGUUAUGUCUCUAGAGGAGGGUUUCUUCCGAGUGGACUACUCGCAGUUCCACAGCACCUUCGAGGUGCCCACACCUCCAUACAGUGUAAAGGAGCAGGAGGAAUCAUCUUGCCUGCCUUCCCCUGCUCCUCCUCUAACCCCAACGCACGGAGAUCUGCGAAACCGUAGAGAGCGCAUCUUCUCCCUUGACGCUGCCUCCCACACUGAAGGAACGACUUCAAGGUUGCCCAGCAAGCUUCAGCGUAUGAGCUUCAGAAAUGGUAAAGAGGCCGGAAAAACCAGCAGUACACAAGCAGCCGAAAAAACAUCCAAUACGGGCGACCCCCAACGCUCAACUGGAAGGCUGGAGGAGUCCAACAACCAGAUGAAGGCAGAGCCACACAUCCUGUCGGCAGGAGAGCUGGAGCAUCACAGACUGCCUCUAAUGCCCACUUCUGUGCCAGGGCCCAACCUCAACCAGUUGCCAGCAGCUGGCGGCUGGCCCGAGGACAACCUGCCUGAGAAGCUGCGGAGGAUGAAUGCAGACCGCUGAGUCAUAAGCCAAAAUUCUGUCCACUUAUUCUCAUCAUGAACCAGACUGAUGAACCCAGAGGCUUUGGGAAGGCAAAGCUAAAUCUGAAACACGCAUUCAAUACAAACAUUAGCUGGACUAUACUGUGAUUCUUUAAAAACUACUACACAAAGGAAACAGCCAUGUCUGUCAUCAUCAAACCGAUUACGUCUUUAUCCGUCAGCAUUCUAUUCGGUUUAAUGUAAGCUUGUUUUAGUGUGAAAUAUUUACGUGUCAUGCUCUUCAUUUAUCUAUGCUUGACUGAUGAAAGCUGAAAUAAGUUCUUGGUUUAGUUCGAAUAAGGCAUGUACCAAUAACCAGUUCUAAAAUGCAGCAAUGAAUAUAUAAAUAUACAUUUAUUUAACAUCCGCAAUCUUAUUCUGUAGUUAGAAAAGGUCUCAGUAUAAGAAAGCCAAAAUGUACUGCACUGCACUGCACAAUUUUGAAGGCAGCAUUGCAUGUAUAUUUCUAGCAAAAGCAAUUCAUUACCAAGGAAAAAGGGUAAGCUGAUUCAUUAUAUUACCUUUCUAACUAUAACCACUAUUUUAAACUCCCAGUUGUUGUUUUUUUUAAUCCAAGCUGAGAUGUUGUAACAAAAGUCACAUGCACCGCUUACUCGAAGUGACAUUUAAUGGCACUACGCUGAAUGCAAUGCCUGCUGAGAUUUUGCAAAUUUCAAAUGCUGCCAGCAAAACAGGAGCCAGUAAGUAUGCAGUUAUUUAUUGAAAUGUAAUAUAGUGAUACUAUUAUAAACUAUGAUAAAAGGUUAAGCAAUUAACGCGAUAUGAAAUGUUCAUAUCUGCACAUAUUUAUUUCUGAUAAAUCUAUAUUUUCAA